ACUGGCCACGAGGUAAUCAACACUUGUAAUCGAAAAGUAUGAUGUGGCCGAAUACUCUUCGGGCGUUCAUUGCAAUUAUGUAUCCGUUUCUAAUUGUAGGCAGUCUGCUUACAAUGUACAUUACAAUUUUAAAUUGGUCAGCGAUUUUUUAAUAAAAUAUUUGUAUGAAUUACGCAAUGCAUAUUGUGGAUGGACCCCAUUUAGCAGUGCGGCCCUGGGUUUGUUUAAGAGUGCUCUCUGAGGGCGGGUGUGUGAGUGUAGUGGCGAAAACAUUGGCUGUUUGUUGUGACUGCAGAUUUUCGAUGUUGAGGUUUCCUUGAAUUUUUUGCUGCACAAAGAUGGGUGCAUGGGUUUGGACCUCGGAGUGUAAUUAUGUACAUCUGAAACAUUGGAAGCGUGCCUUCCGUCUAUUACAACAUGUCCGAUUUAGUUUCUCGUUUUUCGAUCUGCAGUGGGGCCUAAAAGCACGCAACAUAAAAGCAACAGACGGAACAUGUAAUCAGCCAAAGCUGGUAGUAUGAGGGGUAUGUAACAAGGUGUCUCAUGUUGUUAGGCGCGUCUGCUAUUUUUUUGGAGGAUUUUAGCGAUCAAAAUUAGCGAUAGUGAAUGCUAUAAUCCGGCAGCUGGAGAAUUUUCCGACGUUAGUUCCAAAGACCCCUUCCUUGCCGACCCUGUCAUUGAAGUCGCCAAGCAGGAUUUUUCUAUCGUGACGGGGGCAGCGCUCGAAUGUGUUAUCCAACUAUUACUAUUCAUUAAAAUACUUUAAGAACAAAUACUUUACGCGCUCAUAUAAUAAAAGGUCUAAAAAAACAAAGACAUCGGAAAAAUAUCUAUACGAAAAAUACGAAAAAAGUGAAUUCUUUGUCAAACAAUUGAAUCUGUUUAUUUAUUGUAUAUUUUAUUAUCUCAAGCAAAUACCAAUUUCUACCGAUUCAAGUUAAAAUAUUCAAGAUGCCUGAGAUACUUAAUACUAUACCGCCGCUAUCAUUGACCAUUGAGAAUCUAAGCGAAACGGAUGGUAUCGCCACCGAUCGCUCGACCACUCCAGAUAGCGCUACGCCUAGUACAAGUGGUAGCCGGAGACCUUCCCUUGAGCACAUGAUUAAACGGAAUCCACAUCAAGCGAGCAGCGCGCAGAAUAAGAAGACACGCAGAUCUAUUUUUCGGCGGAAUCAGAAGAAGGCGCCAUUAAAAGUUGGUUCACCACAAAAGUGCACGACUGCCAUCUGCCAGAAAUCUCAAAUUCCUCGUGCCUUGUUGCUCACGCGGUCCUCGUCGUCAGCAUCGCUUAUCACCAACGUUUCGCGCAAUAUAUCAGCAGAGUCAAAUGCCAAAGAAGAUAAAGUUGAGAGCAAGACUUUAAAACCAGUCGCUGCAAACGCUUUUGAUGUACAGCCACCACACACCACCGCUGAUAACUUGGUCGUAGCCCACCAACACAGCGGCAGCAAUAUUUUCACUAACAUCGACAUUGUAGCGACAACCUCAAAGACCCCCGCCACCCAGGUUUCUUUGCAACGACAGUAUACAGCUGCCGUACUCAAUUUCCAAAUCCGUAAAUCUGUUACACAAAUGGAUUUGAAGCGCACACGACGUGACUACCUCAAGAACCGCCAAGUGCUAGCUUCGACGCAGUCACCAUCUAUAAGUGGACUCUCGCAGGGCUCCAGAGCUUUGAUGGCGAAUGAUAACAACGCCGAUAUAGCUGGCGUGAUGGGAGCCUCAAGUCAAUCAUCACUGGUGAACAAAAUUUUCGACCAAAACAGUUACUAUUACGUGAUACAGGAUCAAAAUUCUAAGGUUGCUGGCAUGCGCAUUUUCGCAACCAUUAUGCUGAACGCUUGGCGGAAACGCCGUGACGAGGUUAAACGUCUUAUGGAGGAAGUCAACGAUCUGAAGCGUGGUUCAAUAAAAGCCAAAAACCAAUUACACGUUUUCAAUACACUCUUUCGCGUUGAGCAAAAACGGAACGAUGAUCUCAGUCUUCAGUUGAAACGCUCUCUAGACGAUAUCAAUAAUACAAAAUCUUCUUGCGAGAGUCUCACCACUUCGCUUAUCAGUCUAAAGGCGGACAAAGCAUUGCUCGAACAGCAGAUUCAAAUAAAAGAACAGGAAUUUGAUGGUAUCAAUGCGAUACUAACCCAGACUAAAUCCGAUUUAUUUAAAGCUAUGACCCAACAACGAGAGCUGCAGGCUAAUUUGUCUACCGAGCAACGCAAGGUGCAGGCGUUAGAAGCACAGAAAAACGAGCUGAUUAACGAGAUUUGCGAAAUUAACAACGAAUCAUUGUGGAAGGAGGAGAAACUACGGACUGAGAUGAAAGAGAAAGAUGAUGCUGUGGCAAUGGCGUUGACUAAGAUCGAGUCACUCGAAUUAGAGAUCUCUGCGCAGAGACAAUUGCACUCUCCAGGCAUGACAAUUUGCGCAAAUCGGUUGACUUUGAUGGUCAUAUCAAAAUCGCUUCCUUUUCCAGUAACGUCCGAACAUAAAUAUCGAAGGCAAAUACACCGACAUUAACGCAAAUUCAAAUUUCCAUUAUUUUGUUCUCAUAAGUACUGCUAUAAACCUUCCCUUAUACCACAAAAAAUUUUUAACUUAUAAUAUUUUUGUCGGCAAAAAAGUUAAAAGAAACGUCCGAACGUAACGUUGGCAAUACUAGGAUUUGCCGAUAUACGUAUGUAGAUAGUCAAGCAGCGAUUAAGGCUAUAAGCUCAUACCAAUUUACGUCACAAAAUGCCCUUACAAGCAGGGAAGCCAUAUAUAGGGCAGCAGCAACCAGGCGGCUGCAUAUUUAUUGAGUACCCGGCCACAAGGGCAUUUCAGGUAACGAAAUUGUGGAUGAGAUUGCCAAAGCGGAAUCCAUUUGGUUCUAGAACAAGAUAAUAACAUUCCGAAACCGCUUAAAAAUCUUUAUAAUGAAAUAGACCAGAGGGUGAAAAAGCAGACCAUAUCGAGAUGGAAUGCGCUAAACACCUGUAAAAUCUCUAAAGUCAUGUGCAGACUGAAAAACGGGACACAAACCCGGUUUAUACUAUCGCUGGCACGAAGAGAAUGCAGAACUAUGAUAGGUAUCUUAACAGGAUAUAACGUGGACGGGACGGGAACAAGGGAGACCCUAGAACACGUCCUAUGCCAUUAUCCUGCUGUAUCAAAAACGCGAUUGAAAUACCUCGGAGCUCCAGAGUUUAAUAAUCUUGAAGACGUGACAACACUUGAGCUUCAAGCACUGCUAAAAUUCUCAAAAAACUGAACCUCUAUCCCCAUCUGGCAUCACUAGAAUAUCCUAACCUAACCAGUGUUGCCGUUUUAACCUAUUUUUUAAAGGAAUUAAGGCUACCACUAAAAAUUACUCCCGGCAAAACUGAACCUAAUAUACCCUAAUUUUACAAGCUUUUAUUUAUUUUGCUAUCGUUUUAUCUAGUUAUAUACAUAGAUAAUUUGAUACCA